AAAUCCUGGUCGCCAGUGCCCGCGCGUCUUCCGCAAUUGUCGGACCGCGUUUUCAAAAAACGUGAAAAUAUUUUCCACCUGUCCCUCAAAAAAAAAAAAAAUAUAUAAUAAUUUCCUAAUUUUCCACGUGAAAAAUUAGUAGAAAAAAAAAAAACAAUAUCAAAAGUAGACCCUUUUCAUUUUUCUCUUUACCAAAAAAAAAAAAAAUAAAGGCGGAAAUUCCUAUCCCUAAUUUAAUAAAAUAAUUUUGUUAUAAACAAUGAAUAACUCAAAACAAAUUGAUUGUGAAUCAAGUGUUGUUGUGAAUAUACCAAAUGUUUGUAUUUUUAGGUAAACUUCCUUUUGUACAAAAUUACAUACUAAGUUUGUGAAAGUGCAAAAAGUUUAUACAUGUGCAUUUGUGCAAAAAAUGUUUAAUUAUAAACAAUAAAAAAAAGUGCUUAGUAGUAAAGAAAAAAAAAGGGAAAACAAUAUUUAUGAAACAAUGAAGGUAAAAAGAAUAAAAAAAGAAAUUAUGCAUAUAAAAUCUUUUAAACACUUAUUAGCAAUAAUUUCAUAAAAUUUUCUUUUUAUUUAUGCUCCAUUAAAAAAAAAAAAAGCAAAUAUGAAAAUAGUUAGGAAGUUGAAUGACAUUACGAAGACAACGAAAAUUCCAAUGCUAGAAUGAAGUGCAAUAAAUGUUUUUAUUGGAACACAAAAGAAAGAAAUUUAUCAUAGUGUAAAUUGAGUGUAAAUUAGAGGAGGGGGAAAAAAAAGUUAGUGAUGUUAUACGAUUCAGGCAAAAAUACACCCCAAGGAUUAAUGUAAUAUAAAGUAAAUAUUCGGAUGAUUCGAAAUAAUCGACUGUGCAGAGGACAUGAUGGACGAGGGAGAAGAAGUGUCCAUUGUGGCGUUAAAUUAUCGUUGAUUGAAACAGUAGCGUGUAUUUUUACAAUUCGGUUAGUUAAAUUGGUGAUUUUAUUUGAAAUCGGUUUAACCAAGUCCAAAACAAUGUCAUAGUUUUAUUUUCAAGUGUGCGAGAGUGCGCGCAAGUGACGUUAGCGUUAGAACACAAUGGCCCUACUGUUCGUUGUAAUUGUUAUUUUGGUCACCACUGCUAUGUCUUUGCCACCAGUUAUAAGAAUCGGUGCAAUUUUUACUGAAGAUCAAAAAGAUAGUCCAAUAGAGUUGGCCUUUAAAUAUGCUGUAUACAGAAUCAAUAAGGACAGAAGUCUUCUUCCUAACACCAGUUUGGUGUACGAUAUUCAAUAUGUGCCUAAAGAUGAUUCAUUUAGAACUUCCAAAAAGGCCUGCCAACAAUUAUCCAGAUCGGUCCAAGGAAUUUUUGGUCCCUCAGAUCCUCUGUUAGGUGCGCACAUACAAAGUAUUUGCGAAGCACUAGAUGUACCUCACUUGGAAGCAAGAGUAGAUUUCGAGCCUACUUUUAAAGAAUUUAGUAUAAAUCUUUACCCCGCUCAAGAUCAUCUAAAUAAGGCAUUUAAGGACCUUAUGUCCUUUCUGAACUGGACAAAAGUCGCCAUUAUCUACGAAGAGGAUUAUGGUUUAUUCAAACUUCAAGAUCUUGUGAAGACGCCACCCUCAACGAAAACUGAAAUGUAUAUACGUCAGGCUGGUCCUGAUACUUACAGGCAGGUCCUUCGUGAAAUUAGAAACAAGGAAAUUUACAAAUUAAUCGUCGAUACUGAUCCAGCGCACAUGCAACAAUUUUUCAGAGCUAUAUUACAAUUGCAAAUGAACGAUUUCCGAUAUCAUUAUAUGUUCACUACAUUUGAUAUAGAAACAUUUGAUUUAGAAGACUUCAAGUACAAUAGCGUGAACAUGACUGCCUUUCGAUUGGUUGAUCUUGAAGAGCCGAAGGUUGUCGAAGUUCUUCGACAAAUGGAACGUUUUCAACCCAUUGGACACGCUAUUCUUAAUAGAACUGGAAUUAUCCAGGCAGAACCAGCUCUUGUGUACGAUAGUGUACAAGUUUUCGCACAUGGAUUGGCUGCACUUGAUGGCAGUCAUAUUCUCAAACCUGCAAAUUUAUCCUGUGAAAAAGAAGAACCUUGGGGUGAUGGAUCGUCCCUUUACAACUACAUUAACUCGGCAGGCCUACAUGGACUGACUGGACGAAUAGAAUUUAACGAAGGAAAGAGAAAUAAUUUCAAGCUGGACUUGCUAAAGCUUAAAAGGGAAGACCUCGUAAAGGUUGGCGAAUGGAAGCCAGGAAGUGGAGUAAACGUUACCGAUGUUGGAGCUUUUUACGAUACUACAGCCACCAACAUUACCCUUGUCGUAAUGACGAGAGAGGAGAAACCAUAUGUAAUGGUUCGCGAUGAUAAAAAUCUUACGGGAAAUGCAAAAUUUGAAGGAUUUUGCAUUGAUUUAUUAAAAUGGAUAGCAGGACAGGUGGGAUUUCAAUACGUUAUUCGAUUAGUGCCUGAUCAUAUGUAUGGUGUUUAUGAUCCCGAAACAAAAGAAUGGAAUGGAAUUGUUCGAGAACUUAUGGAAAAGAGAGCAGAUUUAGCCGUUGCGUCUAUGACAAUCAAUUAUGCUAGAGAAAGUGUAAUAGAUUUCACUAAACCCUUUAUGAAUCUUGGCAUUGGAAUAUUAUUUAAGGUAUCCGGUCGUAUGCCUUCGCGACUCUUCUCAUUUAUGAAUCCUCUCGCUGUGGAAAUCUGGUUAUUCAUGUUGGGCGCUUACGUUAUGGUCUCAUUAACAAUUUGGAUAGUGGCAAGAUUUUCGCCAUAUGAAUGGGUAGAACCAGAACCAUGUCCAAGCUGCAAAUGUCCACUACAGGGCGGUCAUCUCAGCGCCUUAGAUUCUAGCAACGAUGACAUCCCAUUGCCGAGAAACGUCAACGAUUUCACCUUAGCCAACAGCUUCUGGUUUACAGUUGGCACUUUAAUGCAACAGGGAAGUGACCUUAACCCCAAGGCAACUAGUACAAGAAUAGUUGGUGGAAUCUGGUGGUUUUUCACCUUAAUUAUUAUCUCCUCAUAUACAGCGAAUCUUGCUGCGUUUCUUACAGUUGAAAGAAUGAUAACUCCCAUUGAAAAUGCAGCUGAUCUAGCGGAACAAACAGAAAUUGCAUAUGGAACUUUAGAAGGAGGAAGUACGAUGACAUUUUUUAGGGAUUCUAAAAUAGGAAUCUACCAGAAAAUGUGGAGGUUUAUGGAAUCUAAGAGUCCUGCGGUUUUCGUUUCAUCAUAUGAAGAGGGAGUGAAAAGGGUUCUUGAAGGAGACUACGCUUUCCUAAUGGAAUCAACGAUGCUAGAUUACGCGGUUCAAAGAGACUGUAAUCUGACCCAAAUCGGAGGAUUAUUAGAUAGCAAAGGUUAUGGAAUCGCUACUCCAAAAGGUUCACCAUGGAGAGAUAAAAUAUCCUUAGCCAUCUUGGAACUUCAAGAGAAAGGUGUUAUACAGAUCCUUUAUGACAAGUGGUGGAAAAAUACAGGAGACGUGUGUAAUAGAGAUGAAAAAAAUAAAGAGAGCAAAGCUAAUGCCUUAGGCGUGGAGAAUAUUGGAGGUGUUUUUGUUGUUUUACUAUGUGGUUUAGCACUAGCUAUUCUCGUAGCAAUUCUUGAAUUCUGUUGGAAUUCAAAGAAGAAUGCUCAGUCAGAUCGUUCUCUGUGCGCUGAGAUGGCUUCAGAAUUGCGUUUCGCAAUACGUUGUGGUCCUCGUCAAAGACCAACUGCAAAAUCAUGUUCUACCACAGCAACAGAGAUCUUAUCAUGCAGUCGUUGCAGUCCACAUUCCUCAAUGCAGAGAAGUCGUUAUUAUUCUGGAAGUCAAGAAGAAACGACAUAUGUACCGAGCAUCGAUAUCCCGCGAUUAAAUGCGGGAAACUGGUGCACUAGCGAUGACGGAGAUGAAGAAAUCAUUGAGCUUCGAUCAAGUGACGGCAGAUCAUGCAGGGAACACCUAGCACAGGCUUCAUCAUCAACCUCAUCAACAGCGCCAUCAGCCAUGCAGAAACACUCCCACGCACACACGUCAUGUGCACUGCCACUCACAUUCCCACAAUCACGGUCACAGUCAUACGCACAAACAUCAACUUCCACUGAGGCAGAGACGGGGCUCUUCAGGCACCGCUUUGGGUCAAGGAGGUGACCACCAUGAAAAUAUUCUUUGGAGGUUCGACUGCGACCUGGUGGGUGAACCAGAUGUGGUGAUAUCGCCACCUCCACCCCCGCCUCCUCCACCACCGCCACCAUCUGCCUCUGUUUCAAGAACAA